AUGGCGGACCAAGCUAAUAUGAAAAUUCAGCGGAAGCCAUGUCGCUCCUGUGGCAGACAGUUUGUGCAAGAAUCAUUGGCCAAACAUGAACCUAUUUGUAUGAAGCAAGCAGCGAAAAAGAGGAAAGUGUUUGAUUCAACCAAACAGAGAGCUGAGGGUACCGAAGUUAGCUACAGACAAAUGAAGCAAGCACAAAAGAAGGAGGUAAGGCCACCAAAGACAAAUUGGAGGGCACAGCAUCAGGACUUCAUCAACACUGUCAGAUCAGCCAGACAAGUUACCGUAGCCAUGGAGCGGGGAGAUCCCCUACCACCCCCUCCUCCACCUUCUAUCAACCCAGACUAUGUACAAUGUCCUCAUUGUGGCCGUCGGUUCAAUGAGAAGGCUGCAGCACGUCAUAUCGGAUUCUGUCAAGAACAACAGAAGAGAAUUAGCACAAAACCACAACCCAACGCCAACGCUAAAGCCAAGAUGGAUGCCAGAAAUUCGUACCAGCCACCAAAACUAAAGAGUAAAGGAGUGACACCAUCACCAUCAACAGGAUACAGUAGUCCAGGAGCCAGGGGUUCCCCAGCAGCAACUAGAGGUGCACCAGCAGCAAGGGCAUCCCCUUCAUCAGGUCAAGGAAGGACACCUGUUGGUACUACAGGAAGUGGGUAUGGCAGACAACCAGCACCUGCCUCCAGGGGGCGUCCUUCACCAUCAACAAAUCAGUAUCAGGCUAUUGACUACAGCGACUCUUCUCCGACAGGGUUAGAGGGUAGUGCUGUGGGGGUGCCCACAGGACGAGCUUUACGGACAGGGCGUAAUUCUGCUGUGUACAACGAUGCCAAGCGGGGGACUAGACCAGGCAGCACAGGAAUGCCUAAGUCUAAGUCAUCCUCAAGUAUCAGAGUCGCGGGGGCCGGUUCUAGCUCCCCAGCUUUUGGAUCACACAGUCCAUCUAUGCCUUCGGGGUUUACAGGUGGAAUUACAAGGGAGAAUGAGUCUGGUUACUAUAGCAGCAGUUCAGAAAAUGAAGUUCAUAGUCAGUAUGGUAGUAAACAAAAUGUGUCAAGAUUCUGUCAUGAAUGUGGAACUAAAUAUCCGAUUAGUACUGCAAAGUUUUGUUGUGAGUGUGGAAUUAAGCGAUUUGUGAUAUCCUGA